AUGGUGUCGGGAGAUGACGUUGCCACGGGAGGUAUCACUGUGCCAGCGCCGAAUCAAAUCCACAUCGCUGAAGCGGUCAAACCACACUCGAAAAAUGCCUUUGAGAACGUCUUUGGACCUGAUAUCACCCAGGAUAAAAUUUGCUCAAACGUACUGCCGGAGCUCGUACAGGGAGUGUUCAGCGGACAGGACUGUACGCUGAUCGCAUUAGGAGCCAAGUCAAGGGGUAAAGAGUGUCUUCUCUACGGUACACCCCCGUCAAACAGCGGCAUCUUCCAGACGGCUAUAACAUCUGUGUUCAAGAUCACUGAUGAAUACAGGUUUGUUGCACAAUUGUUGGUUUUUAUCCGUAUCUUUUCUCCACAGAAGUUGUUCGGGGAGUUAGUAGCCUGGACACCAUCAGGAUGA